AUGCAAAACCACCUUGACGUCUUUGGGAACGGCAGCAACGAGACCACUAUGAAGGCCAUGAUCAGCUGCAGGGAUGAGCUGCUGCAGGAUGGCGUGACCCAUGCAAAAGCUCUCAUCACAGAGCUCAUGCUCUGUAACCAGCUCCUGAAAAUCAAGGACCUUGAGACCACGGAUCCCAACGGCCCACAGCUAAAGCCUGCACGUGAGGAUCUGUUGAAGCUCACAACGAAAAUGUCAGUCUUGUUCCAAGGCAACUGCUUUAAUGUCACUUCGAAUGAAGUGCAGCCGAAACUUUGGCAGGCGGCGCAAAAAUAUGCUGCCUGA